GAAACAUAAAUAAAGAGAUUACACAGGCGAAUUCUGUGAAAUUGCAGAGAGGAAUUAGGGCAAAAUGGCGAAUUCGAAAAUACAAACACCAGCAUAUCCAAGUGCAGCAAGACUUGCUGAUUCUGAUUGCUAUCCUCAAUACACUGCUUCUCUCAAAUGUUUGGAACAGUUUAACUCAGACAAGAGCAAAUGUCAAGAACAUUUUGAUGUUUACAAGGAAUGCAAGAAAAAGGAGAGGGAGGCUCGGCUGGAGCGCAAUCGAAGUCGAUCUUUAUUCUCAUGAGUCAUAACAAAUUGAAGUCUACAGUGCUGUCGUUAUGUAAUAUUUAUCAGGCUAAUAAUACUUCAUGUAACUUAUUCCAAGAAGCAACUGGAAUGCAGAUCCUUCAUGUUAGAAUCAAAGUGAUCGUGUUUGUUGUAGCCUUUUGGCUCGUUUUUGGUAAUAGGUUUAUUGAUUCUGUUUCACUUCGAAUAAAUGAUGAGGAUUGUGUUGAAGAUAUUUGAAUGUUGAUAAGGCCGAGUAUUGGGAGCUAUGUUUUCUAUUUUGAUAGUUUUCCUUGUGCAACUCUUCUAGUUUCUAAUUUCUGUUGUAAACGAAGAAGAGUUAUAGACACUGGUGUGGUUAGACUGGCGAUUCAUGUUCAA